AUGGCGCAUUAUCGGCCUACCAGCUUCAGGUUUGCAGCUUACAAAUUGGGGAUAAUCUGCGCGCUUCCGAAGGAGCUUCUUGCUAUCCGGGUCUUAUCUGAUGAGACCCAUGAGGGAUUACGGACAGUAAAAGAAGACAAAAUGCACUACUCGCUGGGGCGCAUGGGGAAACAUUUAGUCGCAACUGCAUGUCUUCCAUCUGGAGAAUACGGCACAAAUUCUUCCUCCGCUGCAAUGCAAAAUAUGCGCCGACCCUUUCCCCAGCUCGAAUUCUGCUUUGAUCAGUGGAAGCAGCAAGGAAGAGAGUUCAUUGACCGUUUCUUUCGGGAGAAAAAGCCCAAGGCUUUGGGAGAUGUAACUGCGUCACUUUGCACGGAGGAUGCCUGUUAUCAAUUUGCGGAAUCGCUUUUGGGACCCGAUGAAAUUUUUCCCGUCAACAACCAAGGCUCUAAUAGCUUUACCCUCCAAACCUCGAGUAAAAUCAUUCAAUUCCGCCUCAAGCCACUCAACACAGACACUCUUGCGCUAGCCAACGAGAUCUAUGGGAAUCUGGUGCCUAAAGUCAACCUCCACACCUGGUUUUUAUUGCCUGUCUACAGCUCAGAUGUUCUAUUAGGACAAGUGAACAUCCUUGUAAACGAUUCUGGAAAUGUCACCGGCGUGGUAGACUUCGACGGGGCAGAGUUUGAAGCGUUUGGAAUUUGUUUAUGGGGAUUGUAUGAAUGUUCUUUUGGCAGCAUGGAGGACGGCAAGUGGGCAUUCUAUAAAGAAAUGCCGGUGCUUGCGAACGCCUUUUGGAGUUGCCUAUGGGCCAAUCUUCCCCCAAUUCUUCAACGAGAAGAAGUCAAGACAGUAUUCAAGGGUCAUGGACUAGAGAAACAGCUUGCUCUAUCUCGACUCGAUUUUGAUUCUCCCAAGCUCAUGGAAUACUGCGAAGAUCAAAUGACUCACGUCUGCGAGAUUACUGGUGACAAUAUCCUCUUCGAAGAGGCAACCGAGUGGAAGUUUGACUUCGAAAAUGGGUUCGUUAUACCCGUGAUAACUCGUGGUUGUGCGCGUACAACAUCCAACGAUCAUAAAAAGAAAGACACUUGA